AUGUCGCUUGCGCCCCCCGUGUCGCGGUUACCGUCUGAGAUACUAUGUGUCAUCUUCCUGUCGGUCCAUCGCCAGCAGGACGACGAUGAUCGGCAUGACGGCGCACCUCCAUGUUUGCCUCUCUCACAUGUGUGCAAACGGUGGAGAGAGGUCACUCUGGGGAUGCAGGAACUGUGGUCUGCUUGGCCUCGGUAUCAUACCAUCGACUUUCAUUGGACGUUCCUCUGUUGUGAACGAGCGAAGACGAUCCCGCUGGACCUGAAGUGGAGGGUCUGGACCUCUUCGAAAGGAGAUGCAGAACAGGCAUACUACUCACGAUUGCGCCGCACCCUUUUGCACGCCUCUCGAGCAAAAUCGCUGGAUAUCGACCUCGGUUCCUCCAAUAAGGUCGCAACUGCCUUAUGGAUCAACGAAGCUUUGCCAGCGCUAUCAGUGCCUUUCCCGCUCCUGGAAGUCUUCUCGUACCAAUCAGACGUUGUAGAGGUUAUAGAUGAGCGUAUGCGCUGUUUGCCAGUCCGUCUGUUCGGAGGUAUUAUCCCGCCCCUUCUACGUGAAGUCAGCCUCGGUGGCUGUGAAGCUCCGUCAUGUUGCCCCAUCUAUUCGGCGAACCUUCGCUCCUUGCAACUCACGGACGCUCGCGCAUGGACAAAUGUUGGCGACAUGAUACGACUAUUCCAAUCUAUUCCCAACCUCGAGGAGUUUCAAUACUCCCUCAGCACUCCUUAUCACGUCGAUUUCGCUUACGACUACAUGCCCUCGCAACACCAUCCGCUUCGCGCCGUCGACAUGCAUCGCAUGAAGAGCUUCCAGCUAUUCGAAGCCAAGUUCAUACCGGGCAUCCUCAUAUUCAGCUACCUUGCGCUUCCUGCUGAAUGCGGAAUCUACUUUGGGUGGAGCGAGUAUGGGCUCGCUGAAGAGAUGGAUCAACGGGAGAUAGAACAUGCCCUGCGGUAUAUGCACAUAGGCGCCCAAGCCUUGAGCCUCCACUUCAGUUCAGCGCUUGAGGAGAACAAAGCAUACUAUCAGUCCGUCAAGGUCUCGAACAAGAGCGUGAGGCCAUUGAGAUAUCUGGACAUCGACAAAGGUCGUCGGCUCCCGCUCGAUAUCAGCUUACAAGCUCCUCUCUUGGAUACGCGACAGAUGCGCAUGCGAGACGAACCCUUGCUGCUCACAGCUCUGCAACCGGUGUUCCUUCAGGCGACAUAUCUCCUUCUUACCUACGAGCGCACCUUCAGCGAGUCCGACGACGACGAUGGCGACGAGUGGAUAGCGUUGUGGCUUGACCUACAUCACUACCAGAAAGUGACAGAGCUACAUCUCUCCGGUGAUACUCUCGAUUGCUUCGCCGCAUACCUUCGCCUGCGCGAGGUUAGAUCGUACCCACCGCUAUUCCCAGCCCUUGGCGUUAUCACAAUCUCUCACUUCGACUUCAUUCAGUCUGCAGAGGACACAGCUGAAGAUGGUCGGUCGGUGUUGCACGACUUUGGGACCGCGGUGGAACGAGCGUACGGAGCGUCCGCGUCUUUCGAGCGUGUCUAUGUUGGGGCAUCAUGCAAGGGUCAGAAAGACGCCAUCAAGCGUCUGAGACUCUAUCUUGGGACUACGCGGGUUCGGGGCGAUGCUAGGGAGUAG